AUGGCGGGCAAAAAACAGCGCCGCCUGGGCCCGCCCAAAGUGGCAAAACACAAACAAAACACCACAUCCGACCCUGAUCAGCCUCAUCAUCAACGUCAACUUCGAAAGGAAAAUAAAUCUCAAUCUCACUCUCAAUUUCAUCACCACCAGGAUCGGGACCGGGAUCAACCACCUUUCCCGUUCUCUGUGCUUUCGAUCUCCCGCAAUUCUCCCCUUUUCCGUCCUGCGUCCUCUUCUCGUGUGCGUUCUACUACUACUACACCUUUUAUAUGGAGUGAUGACACCAUGGAUUUCGACAUAAACGAGUCUCUGAAAUACUACCUGAGCGAUCCCACCUCCGUACCCACCCCAGAAGCAGAUCCUGAACUUCUGGACUGCGAAAAUGAUCCCGAAUCGCUGACAACGCCCUUGAUCAACGGGGUUCUCAAUCCCGUUGUCGACGCGGUAGCUGAAAACCCAGAAGGCCUCGCAAGAAGUAGCUUCUUCGACUCUUUGCAAUUUCUCCUCAAGUGUGCACCAACCUAUCUUCUUUCUGAACAACGAAGUUAUCAUCAUCAAGAACCAGACUCUGAACUUUUUAAACUCUGUAGAUUCUCUUCCCUGCUCCCGACAAAGGCUCUCAGCAAGAUCCUGGAUCUUGUCGUCUCGGGCCUGGCCGUCGAAGCCGAUAUUAUUCACCAUGACAUCGAGUCCGACGAAACAGACGCUGUUCAGCACCACAAGCAACUUUUGGAAAUGUACGCUUUCCUGCUGCAAUGGACGCUAUCUGCUGUUGAGACAAAACUCGCUGAAAAACCACCCGAUGCAGCCCCAGCGCGGCGCGGGGCCGGAAAAUCGAAAUCGAAACCCAGUUCAACCGAUGAGCACUGGGACUCCUCCCCCCAGAUCCAGAUUGCCAUGGAAGUUAUGUGUAAAGUAUUGAAGUUGAAGCUGGGGAAGAUCUUCGUGACCACCUCCGAUCGUGACACAUUUGUCAACCUCUUUACCAGGACAAUAUACUUGAUUUUAGAAAGCGAACAACGAGUGAAGAGCAUGUCCAUUCGAAUGCAUGCAUUUAAAGUGCUAUGCAUUGCUGUAAAGCACCAUGGCCAUGCUUUUGGAGCGCAAACGUCAAUUGUCCAAAGUCUCACAUAUUUUGAGCAUCUUUCAGAACCAAUGGCGGAGUUUCUCCAUAUCCUCGCGGAGCAGUACGACUAUCCACAGUUGUCAGAUGAAAUAUUGAGGGAACUUGGAAACAAGGAGUUCAAUUCAAAUGACACCAAGGGCCCGAAAUCAGUGUCUGCGUUUAUUAUCAGACUCUCAGAGCUCGCGCCGAGAUUGAUCAUUAAACAGAUGACUCUGUUGGCCAAACAGCUUGACAGCGAGGCCUAUACUUUGCGAUGUGCCGUAAUCGAAGUCUGCGGCAAUUUAAUAUCAGAUUUAAGCAAACAGGAAGAACGAAGUGACAAUUAUACAACGCAAAUUAAUUCAUUUUUUGACGUGCUGGAGGAGCGAUUUCUGGACAUCAAUCCAUAUUGCCGAUGCCGUGCUAUCCAGGUUUAUAUGAAGCUCGCCGAACUUGACCAAAAAUUCCCCAAAAGGCGACAAACCGCAGCUGAGCUUGCCGCUAGAAGCCUAGAGGACAAAAGCAGUAAUGUUCGCAGAAAUGCAAUCAAAUUGCUCGCGAAAUUGGUCUCGACUCAUCCGUUUAGCGUGAUGCAUGGAGGUCAACUGUCGUAUAAGGAGUGGGAUGCAAGAUUACAGGCCGUAGAGGCGGAGCUAAAUGGGCUACGGCCUCCUCCCGAGACACCAGGGCUGGGCAAUGAUGCCGAUUCCACUAUCGUCGAUAGCGAACUCCUGGAUGAUGCAACUCAACUGCCCGAUGACUCUCCUUCAAAGGCUCCCAGAAUGACUGAGGAACAAAAACAGGCCGCAAUGAAGAAAGCCGAAGAGGAGGCGGCAACCUCAGAACUGCUGGCGCGACUCCAGCUGACGAGAAAAUAUUACCUUGAAGCAAUUCGAUUUAUUGAAGUCCUACACCACGCUUCCCAAAUAGUUUCACAGUUGCUGUCCUCCCGAAACAAGAGUGAAGUGAUUGAAGCAAUGGACUUCUUCGUUAUGAUCGAUGCCUAUAAAGUUGAGACCUCUCGAACAGGCAUCCGACGAAUGCUCCGGUUAAUCUGGACCAAAGGGAACAGCGAUGAAGGUAAAGGAGUCCAAAACCAUUUGAUCGACUGUUACAAGGGUUUGUUUUUUGACGCUCCGGACUCCUUCAGUCCCAACGAUGCUGCGAACUAUAUCGCACGCAACAUGAUAAGUCUUACUUUUGGUGCCACUCCUGCUGAACUCACCUCAUUGGAACAACUUCUAAGUACGAUGAUGAAAGUUGGUCAUAUAUCAGAUCUGGUUAUUGCCAAACUAUGGCAGGUGUACAGUGUCCAGAAGAAAGAGAUUUCUAAAACUCAAAGGAGAGGAGCAAUUAUUGUUCUGGGAAUGAUUGCGCUUGCUGACCCAGAGGUUGUGGUGCGAGAGAUCGAAGCGAUGCUUCGUGUGGGCUUGGGAGGCCUUGGAAGGGCAGAUCUCGUUCUCGCAAAGUACACUUGUAUUGCUUUGAAAAGAAUGAAACCUGGUCGACAGGCAAAGUCGAAGGACACUUCGUCUUCUAAAUUGCCAAAUGAUCACGCUGUUGUUACCAAACUGGCAGCAAUGAUAGAGAUCGACUCGGACAGCAAGGAGUGGUAUGGUGUAGCAGAACAUGCAAUCGGAGCCAUAUAUGCCCUCUCAAAACACCCCGAUGUCCUUUGCUCCGAAAUCCUACGCAGGAAAACCAGGUUCGUUUUUUCGGCUCAUGUACGACCCCGUUCAUCCCAAAGCAGUGGAGGUUCCAGCGGCUUUGAAGAGCCUCAAACCCCCAGAAAGAAAACAACCUCCUCCGUUCCACUGUCCCAAUUACUGUUUAUAGUCGGACAUAUUGCUAUCAAACAAAUCGUUCAUCUUGAACUUUGUGAACUCGAUUUCAAACGUCGGAAGGCUGAGCAGGAAAAGAGCAAGAGUGCGGAGCCGGCACCCCAAAAAGAUAAUAAACCUUCUGAGGAUAAUGAACUCGACCUAAUUGGUGGCACAACGGAAGAUGAUUUCACGGAAGCUAUGGCUCAUAUUCGUGAACGCGAGUUAUUAUAUGGACCGACCUCAUUGCUCACCAAUUUCGGCCCUUUAGUAGCUGAGAUUUGUGCCAAUAACAAUGCGUACCCCGACCGCAAUCUUCAAGCCGCCGCCACUUUGUGCAUGGCUAAACUUAUGUGCGUCUCCAGCGAAUAUUGCGAGAAGCACCUACCUCUUCUCAUCACGAUAAUGGAGCGUUCGGAAGACCCCAUCGUUCGAAGCAACGCCGUCAUUGCACUCGGUGACAUGGCUGUUUGUUUCAACCACCUUAUCGAUGAGAACACAGACUUCCUCUAUCGACGGCUCAACGAUGGCGAUGUCUCUGUCAAGCGCACGUGCCUGAUGACACUGACAUUCCUCAUCCUUGCCGGACAAGUGAAAGUUAAGGGUCAAUUGGGCGAGAUGGCUAAAUGUCUUGAGGAUGAUGACAAACGGAUUGCCGAUUUGGCCCGGAUGUUCUUUACCGAGCUGGCUACGAAGGAUAAUGCGGUCUACAAUCACUUUGUGGAUAUGUUUAGUCUGCUGAGCACAGAGAAGGGACUGGAGGAAGAUGCGCUGCGGAGGAUUAUUAAAUUUUUGGCUGGGUUUGUUGAAAAGGAUAAACAUGCCAAACAGUUAGCUGAGAAGCUAGCGGCAAGAUUGGCCCGGUGCGAGAAUGAAAGGCAGUGGAACGACGUUGCCUAUGCCCUCUCUCUCCUGCCCCAUAAGAAUGAGGAGAUCACCAAGACAGUUACCGCUGGGUUCAGAGUUGUCAAAGCGAACGCUUAG